AUAAUGUUUAAUAUUGUACUAUUGUAUUGUGCAUAAUAAUAUAUUAUUAUUUAUAUGUAUAUAUAUACACAUACCAUACGGUCGUGGUCGUAAUGAUGUUGUGUAUCCGGUAUUCCGGUAUCGGCGGCGUAAGCACCAAGGUUGCGCUCGCAGCGAACUGAUUAAAAUAACGGAAUUUUCGCGUCCAAUAAGACAUAAUAUACACUAUUAUCAUUUAUCUCAUUGUAGGUUAAAAUAUAAAAACGGCCAAAUUCCUAACUGAUUGUCGCGUACCGUUCUGUCGAUUUCGAUUAAACGACAGGGAUCAAACGGCUGUAUCCGCCGGCUGUUAUGGUCGCCCUAAUAACGUUGAAGAUUUUGAACCACCGCCUCUGACCGAACAAACGACGCCGGUACUGACGUCGCCGACCACCAAACAGUUGUUGUGGUUCAUUUUCUCCCGUAAACGCAACCCAGUCCCGUGCAAUGGGUGAGAGUAUUUCUGACCAAGAACUGCGGCGACGCCUGUUGACCUUCAACACUGUCGUUCCUCCGGUCACCAAUUCGACCAGAAGAUUGUUGCUGAAAAAGCUUGCGGAUCUUGAGAGCCGCCAUUCGAGUCAAAUUGAAUCCCCCAAAUCAAAUGAUAUAUCCUUGAUAAAUGUAUCAAACUGGAAUCAUUCUGCUAGCGAAGACGAGGAAAAAAACUCUUAUUUGUAUACAGAAACCAAAAAGUUUUCUAACAAACUACCUGAAAUACAGACUGAAAAAAAAAAAUCAAGACUUUAUGACUCUAGUGUUAGUAUAACUCCACGAGAACCUGUUUUUCGAAGUCCACGUUCGAAUCCUGUAACUGAAACACCUUAUGCUGAUCAAGCUAUUCAAAGAUGGAAAGAAAAAAUGAUGAAUCAAUCUCAAAAUAAAAUUGAUGUGUCAAAUACUUCGCAGUUUGAUUUUCCAUCCCCGGUUUCAUCAAUUUAUUCUCAAAAUUCAAGGAGAUAUAUUCAACCAACACAACAAAGGAAUCUGGGAAAUGGCUAUACAAGAAAUACCCAGUAUAUAAUAUUACUUUUUAUUGGGUUUUUUGUAGUAAUUUUUGGAUUAUAUUUCACUUCUAUACAAUCGAGUACAGUUAUAUUACCUUCAGGUAUUUUAAACUCCUUAUGUGCCAAAAAAAGUCUACAAGGGUUGGACUGUGAUACAGAACAAAAAAGAGUACAACAUUUAUAUAGCUCUUUGGUAUCCCAAGUUCAAGAUAAAUAUAUCAAGAACCAAUGUGAAAAGUCAGAUAUAGAACCAACUGUGGAUGCUCAAACUAUAUUUGAAUAUAUUUCAACUCAUGAAAAUUUACCAUCAAGGGAAGUUGAAGAAUUAGUUGAAUUAUUUAAAAGUAUUGCAAAAACCUAUACUGACUCACCCAUUGGUUUUGACACUUCAUUUAAUAUCAAUGUACAACCAAAUUUACCAGUUCUAUGUGCAGUUAAAAAUAUUUUUACCAACAUGUUCUAUCUUAUUUUAUGGCUAGGAAUAGUUUCAUUGUCUAUCGUAAGCCUUUAUUUUGGUAUAUGCUACAUGACAACUAAAAGUGAAAAGCAUAAACAAGAAGUUAAUCGCUUAGUAGAAAACAUAAUUGAUUUACUGAAGCAACAAGCUCAAUAUCGACCUAAUGAAGGUUAUUUACCUAUCAUACACAUACGUGAUCAAUUAAUUCCACCAAAUGAGAGACAAAAAAAAUCCAAAAUUUGGACUGAGGUUGAACAGUAUUUCACUGAAUCAGAAUCAAGAGUAAGAUCUGAGAUUCAACAAAUUGAUGGAGAAGACUUUCAAGUAUGGAGAUGGGUUCAACCUAUGUCCCCUGUCACAGUGAAAAAAGUUUGGCAAGGUCAAGCAUUUGAAACUAAUGAAGGUAGUAUGAACUCUCCUCAACCAAGUCCUACGUCUUGUUUAAAAAUCCGUCAUAUGUUUGGACCAGAUUCUAUGUUAGGAGUUGAUUGUGAAACACGUGUCAAAGAUGCUAUUCUAGAAAAAUGUGAGUCUGUAGAAGUUUUACAUCUUUCAGUUGAUCGUAGUAGUCAUGAAGGAUGUGUUUAUGUUAAAUGUGCCUCUCCUGCUGAAGCAGGAAAAGCUUAUAGACAGUUACAUGGGUUUUGGUAUGAUGGAAAAUUGGUAACUGUAAAAUUUUUACGUUUGGAGCGUUAUCAUCAAAGAUUUCCAGACGCUGUUAGUACAACAAUACCUCUUAUGCCAUCUAAUAAUGAAAAACGUUCGUUACAAUAAAUUACAUUGUUAUAUUGAAAUAAUUUUAUAUCACUAACAUUGUUGUUUAAUUUUAAAAACGCCUUACGUUUUAAUAAUUAUUAAUAUAAUAGGUAAAUGUUUUUACAUUACUGCUAGUACUUUGUUUUGUUUUUCUACUAUUAUUAUUUCUAUAAGUAACAAAACCUUAUAACUCAUGAAGUAAUAUUGUUUUUUUUUUUUUUUACUAUUUCUUAUUUUUUAUUCUUAUGCUUCUGAAGCCACCCUAAGUUAUUGAAUAUAUUUUUGUAAACUUAUAGAUGAAUUUAACAUUUUUCAUGUAAUAUAUUAAUACUACAUUAAAGUAUGUUGUACAUUUAAAUAUUAUUCAUUAUUGUUAUAUAUGCUAACCCAAUUUAAUUGGUUAACCAAACAAUUCUGAUAUUUUAGUAAAUUAAUAUUUGUUUUGAUAUUUGAA